AUGUCCGAAGACGGAACGCAAUCCGAACCAUUCGCCGAUGCUGAAUAUCUCGAUCUCGACUUUGAUGCUCGUCAUACUUCAUAUCAUCAUAUCAAUGCUGAAUUUGAUAUCAUGAUGUCAUCUAACUUCCAUUCUGCAAAGAAGCCGACCCCUCUCUCUAAUCUUCCAGCCUCUCUAGCUUCGGCUUCAUCAGCUGUGCCUUCACAAUGUUUAGCAUUAGCUCUUGUUCGUCGCGUAGGAAUGUUUAUACUCAUGUCACGGGGAGUCGGGGGUUAUGGACAAUCACCUUCUCUACAACCACAAUUGGCAGGCGUUCCUGUCAAUACCAACUUGCAGCUAGGGGGAGUUGGGGGUUAUGGACAGUCAAGUUCUCUACAACCAGGCGUUCCUGUCAACACCAACAUACAACUGGGAGGAAUCAGUGGUUAUGGACAACCUCCCUUGUCGGGUAAUCCACCUGCCAGUACGGGUGGUGGACCACACAUACCAAACGUAAGACUAUCGUUUAUCUCUGCUAAAGAUCAGACAAAGUUCGAGGAGUUAUAUCGUUCAACCGUUGCUGGAGGAAAACAUAUGACAGGUAAUGUUAGCAGUAUGGUAAUUGGUAAUGCAUCUAUGAUCGUAUCGAUAUUAAUAGAGGAAUAUAUAAUCACAGCCGAACAGGCUAAGGCCAUCCUCAUCAAGUCAAAACUAUCACCAGAAGUCUUGGCUAAGAUAUGGAGUCUAUCUGACAUAACCCAAACCGGCUACUUAACAUUUCCGGAAUUUGCUCUGGCAAUGUACUUGACAAACUAUAAACUUAACGGGCGUGAAAUUCCAUCCACAACACCCGACAACAUUCUGUCCGAAGUGAAAGGAGUAAUCGAGCAAAUUCAAGCGAUCAAGCAAAAACAAGUAGCCGAACAACCACUCAUUCAAAUGAACGCUACUCCUCAGAUGAGUUCCGUACAACCUCAGAUGAUCCAACAACAAUACACCGGAAUGUCUACAAUAUCCUCUAUACCUACACUAGCUUCUAUUUCACCAGUACCCACUGGAGUCUCCUCAGCGGGCGGAUUACUAGGACAGAAUUUCAUGGUGUUUGCUCAGAGAGUUAUGCCUCAACAAAAUCCACCACUCCAGUACAAUGUUCAGGGAUUACAAGGAAAUGCAAAAAUCCCUUGGGCAGUAACAAAUGAAGAGAAGAUGCAAUACAGAGAAAUUUUCAAGGCUUGGGACGUGAAUGGAAGUGGAUAUCUUAGCGGCGAAAAGGCAAGAGAAAUAUUUUCACAAACUGGGCUUCCUCGAGAUGACUUAAUACAAAUAUGGGGCUUGGCAGAUCCUUAUAAUCAUGGAAAAUUAAACAUAGAUGAAUUUGCAGUGGCAAUGCAUCUAAUCUAUCGCAAACUCAAUGGCUACGAUGUUCCGGCCACUCUACCACCUGAAUUAAUGCCUCCAUCUUCUAGAGAUCUCGCAGAGAGUGUGGAUAAGCUCACAAACAUUAUUGUAAGAGAAAGUCAAGCACAACGUCUGUCUCCACAACCAGCAAGUAACCAAUACGCUAAAUCGAGAAGUUUUAACGGUGCAAGCACAAACCCACUUGAUAUCAAACAAGAUGCUGUUGCGUACAAGCACGAUGAUGAUGACGUUGGGUAUGUUAGCUCUGCCAGGAGAAGAGCACCCUUGACAGCUCCUAAACAAGAAACAAAGAAGAAACUUAAUCUAGAGGAAUUAAGGAAUCAAGUACAGGAGAAGGAAAUUACGUUGGACGCAUUAUUAUGUAGCGCUGAAAGUAUUCCUACUCAAGCAUAUUCAGAACAUGGUGGUGAUGAGAUAGAGACCCUGAAGAGGGAUACACGUGAUUUACAUUCACAGAUAAUCCGAUUAUCACCCGGUGAUUCUGUAUCAAGAGAACAAGAUCGCAACUUUACUGAAUUAAGGACAUUAUUGGACGAUCACCGUAGAUUAGAGUCAGAGAUUAACGAUUCGCUCUCAUCAACUAUCCCAGACUUGAUCAAGACAAUACGUAAAACCGAUGAUCAAGUAGCUGAAGCAAAACUGGCGCUCUUCAAAUUACGAGACACUAAGAAUUCAGGUCCAACACUCGAAAUCAUUGGCACGGGCCCUGGCGGAACCAUCACUGAGGCGGACAGGAUUAAAGCAAAAGCUCAAGCUAUGGUACAAGCGAAAUUGGCCGCUCUCACUGGUAAACCGGUAUCCACCGGUGGUGGAACAGACGCGGAUGCGUCAAAGCGAUUUGAAGAGAAAGCCGUGGCAGUUAACGCAGAAAGAGCAACUCGUGAAGAACGUGUAACUGAAAUUGAAAGAACAGUGGGGCGUGUACAAGAUAUGCUGAUUAGAUUCGCAAGAGAGAAAGAAGAAAUUUCUGACGCGUUGCGGCAUUAUGAGACGGACGGGCAGAUAUCGUAUGAAGAGCGCCGAAAAUGGGAAGAUGGCAUUGAUGUUGGAGACGAAGUGAGACGAUUCAUCGACGAAUUGAGGAGGGAAGGCGAAUCAAGCACAAACAGAUAUUUGAGAAAAGAAAGCGACUUAAGCACACCAAGCUACUUAAGGAAGGAGAGUGAAUCAAGCACAAGCAGUUAUUUAAGAAAAGAGAGCGAAUCAAGCACAAGCAGUUAUUCAAGAAGAGAGGGCGAAUCGAGCACAAAUAGUUAUUUAAGAAAGGAAGGCGAAUCAAGCGUAAAUAGUUCGUCUACUCCUUCGUCUUCAGGAAGUUCUUUUUCAUUAAAACCCAAGACACCGGAAGAGCGCGCAGCAUUCAUAAAGGCCGAAGCAGAACGUCGAAUGCAAGAAAGCUUAAGACGCCUCGGGUUAGAUCCCUCAUUGAACGCUUCAAAACCGGCAGCGCCCUCUGCUUCUGAACGCCUAGCACGAGAACGAGCCGAAGCCGAAGAGAGAGAACGUGCUCGUACCGAGAAGUUGUUGGCAGAUAAACAGAGAAAAGCUGAAGAGAGUGCCGAAAGAGAGCGUCGACUUGAAGAGUAUAAAAGACAAGAAGAAGCCCCUGAAAUGGAAGCAGCGCGACAGAGAGACUUUGGAGACAUACCGAAGGUUAGUAGCGUUCCGCCACCCGCACCAUCGCCACCAAUGGCGAACGUCAUUCCGACUGCCCCUCCUCCCCCACCAAUUCGACAAGGCACACGGUUGAAGGCGGCAGUAACUAAUGACCGGUCUGCUCCUUCUGUUGGAGACCAAUCACGCGGGGCCGGUACAUCCGCAUCCGCAUCUACUUCGUCGUCUUCGGCUGCAGGCGCUGCCUCUUCUUCUCUCUUGGCAGGUUUAGGUGGUCUUUUUGCUGGAGGAUUCCCCAAACUCGCUAGUCGUGGUGGCACAAUCGAUACAGGCCGAGCACCUUCCACAGCCGAAAUGAACUCGUCUAACAAUUUGGAAGUUAAUCGCAGAGAUACGGAAUGGUAUGAUAGUCUUGCGUCAGACACUUUUGCCUCUGAUGAUACAUUUGCGACAAAAGUGAAAAGUUUAUAUGCCUUUGCAGGAACUGGGCCUGAUGAUUUACCAUUUGAAGCUGGAAUCGUGUUUAAGGCUUAUCCGAGUAAAGAGGAUAAACAUCUUGAUUGGUGGUUUGGCAUUAUUGAAGAGACAGGCGCGAAGGGUUGGCUUCCUAAGAACUAUGUUGAGGACGUAACUGAAGCCCGCGUGCUUUACGAUUAUGCUGCUCAGACGGCUGAAGAGAUUACCAUAAAAAAGGAUUCCGUGGUCUUAAUCCUUGACAAAUCCUUGGGCCAUUGGUGGAAAGUUGAACAUGAAGGAGCAAAGGGAUUUGUUCCAGCAAAUUAUGUCGAAGAGAUUUCUAGUAGUAGCGAUUCGUCACUAAAUCUUCAAGAUUCAUCUGUACCCGACGACAACCAAGAGAUAGUAUCCGAUCCCGAAGAUCCAUUCAACUUGGAAUAUACAGAUGAUGAUGACGACGAUUCGGUAGAUGAAGAAAUACAAAGGAGAAUAACGAGAGUCCCUUCUUUCGUAAUAAGAUCAGCAUCGCCCGACAGAAUGGAUAGAUCACGUACACCUAGUCCAACUCGGUUAUUUGGAUCUAGUCCUAUUAGCAGUGUGUCGUGGAUACCUUCGAGACAUAGGAAGCAAUCGUUUGGUGUACCGUCCGAGUCUGGUGGUGGAGUUAGACCAAAAAGCCCAGUGGGUCCAUCGAGUCAAUCCUGGGCAUCAUUAACCCCACCUUCCACUCUAGCCAAUCUUUCCAAACAGACCAUCAAACGACAAGAAGCGAUUCAUGAACUCGUCCUUACAGAGCAAUCAUACCUUUGCGAUCUUCAAAUGAUAAUCCAAACGUUCUACUCUCCUCUUCAAUCACGUCUUUCUUCAUCCGAGCUGACUACCCUUUUUUCAAACAUCGACGAUAUCCUACUUGUGAACACGGCUUUACUAAGCGAUCUUGAACAAAGACAAGAAGAAGGAACCGUAGUGGAAUGUAUAGGCGACGUGUUUUUGAAACAUGCAGACAAUAUGACAUGUUAUAUUGAAUACUGCGGUAAUCAGAUGAAUGCAAGCAAGUUCUUGAUCAUGAGGAGAAGUGCAGAUCGCGAACUUGAUCAGUUUUUGAAGAGACAGCAACAGGAGCCGCAGUGCAGAAACCUUGACCUUUCAAGCUUUUUAUUACAACCAAUGCAAAGGAUAACUCGAUAUCCGUUACUCUUACGCCAGAUACUUCAUUAUACAGAGAAAGACCACACAGAUCAUGAGAAUACGAUGCAAGCUUUAAAAAAGGCUGAAAGUGUACUCGAAAAGACGGAUGAAGCAAUUAGAGAUCAAGAGAACAAGUUGAAAAUUGCCGAGAUAACCAAGAUAGUUGAUUUUGAGACACUUGGCGAGAAAUUGGAGCUUACGAGCAUGACAAAGUUUGUUGGGAAAAGGCAAUACAUCAUGGAAGGACCAUUACAGAAGGCGAGGGGCAACAGAAAAUUGUAUGGAUAUUUGUUCAAUGAUAUGUUAAUACUAUGUGAACAACUCAGAAACACCAGUAAAGGAUACAAGUAUACCCUAUAUCGACCGCCAAUUCCGCUGAAUGAAAUAGUAGUAAAAGAUGGUGGAUCAGACAAGAUGUCGUUCCAAUUAACCCAUAAUACAUCUAAAAUUAAUCUGAGAACGAACAAUGUAUCUGUAAAAAGACAAUGGGUAAACAAUCUUGAAACUGCGAGUGGAUACUGUCAACGUAAGGCCGAAGGAAAUCCGAUAGUAUCCGAUUAUAUUGGAACGUUGAAGGCGCUAGUAUAUGAGGCUUAUAUUCCUAAUAAUGGACUAUACGUAAACAAGCCAUUAAAUCUUCAUUGUCGAGCUCAGUUAAGUAGACAAAUAUUCAAGACCAAAUCUGUAAGGGAUACUUUAUCGCCGAAAUGGAAUCAGGCAUUAAUAUUCUCAGUUACAACACUUGAGGAUACGUUGAGACUGUCGGUAUACAAUAGUGAUGGCAAAAGUAACCAGGAUGAAUACAUAGGACAAGCAUCAAUAAGAUUAAAUUACUUUUUUAAAGAAAACAGAGAAAAGCAAACGGACGCAAUUAAACUUUCUCUCAAAGAUGGAGCGACAGAUGCACAUAUUUCGGACGUCUGGGAAACGCAUAUUCAAUGGACGAGGCGUUACAAAACGCUGAAAGUAAAUAAAGAAAAAGAGUCAACAACUGUGCCUG